AUGGACCAUAAAACAGAAGUCGAGACGAAAAUUCAGGCAGAGGAGCGAGUGAGGAGGGUUUCUUCAGACCAACGCUGUGAGAUUUUGGAGCUGAGUGGAGGGGGAAAUGUCAGGGAGCUGUGCGAAGAGAAAAAGAUGAUCAAGAAGAAAACCGACUCACCCAGGUUGUCUGCGGAAAUCCCUGUGAUAGGACGCGUUGAUACUGCAGAAUUCAUGAAUGCAGCCACUCAAGGCAAACUGAAUGUGAUAGACAAGUAUCUGACAGACGGUGGGGAUCCUAAUGUCCACGAUGAGUUGAAGAGGACUGGGCUGCAUCGUGCCGCUCUGGAAGGACACGCCGCAGUCGUCAACAGCCUUUUAGAAAGAGGAGCUGACAUCAACUUCAAAGAUCAGCUGGGCUCUGGGGCCAUACACUGGGCCUGCAGAGGGGGAAGCCUGGAAGUUGUUGAAAUCCUGAAGAGUCACGGUGCCGACCUGAACAUGGGAGAUAAGCUGAACAGCACUCCUCUGCAUGUGGCCACGAGAACAGGCCACAGCACCAUUGUGGAGUACCUGCUGUCCUGUGGUGCCAAAAUCCACUGCAGGGACAGGGAAGGAGACACAGCCCUGCACGAUGCUGUGCGUCUCAACAGAUACACUAUAGUGAAACUGCUCCUCGAUGCAGGAGCUGAUGCCAGAAUCAAGAAUCUCGAGGGAGUAACGGCCCUGCAGCAGGUCAAACAGUGGCAGUCCGACAUCGUGGAUACGCUGCAGAGGCUGGAGAAGCUGAGGGAGGUGGGACAAAGGCCCCCUGAUACACUUCAAGAGAGGAGGGAAUAA